UCUCACUCUUCUUCUACACCUUUUUGCUUCCGCUUUCCCCCAAUAAAUGUCGCUUCUUCGAUUUAUCACCAGUACUCUCUACUAAUUAACGAGCCUGGUCAUUGUUUUGGCUUGCAACCCUUUUAUUGUUUUCAAAACAUCACUUGGUAAUUUCCCACACGAAACCUCCUUUUUCUUAUUGGUGGAUUCCUACUUUUUUAUUAUUUCAAUAUUCUGCUGUCAUUUAUGGUUGGGUGGAUGAACGACUCCGGGCGGAGAAAACGUAGCUGCGAUUCAAGUUUUUUGUUUUUUACUCUGUUCUCCCUUGCGCUUUGACAUGUGCUGCUUGGAAACUCAGAAUAUAAAAUGGGUCUGCUUUAAUUCCUUCCUUAACUCUGUUCAUAUUACUAAAAUUUAGGGAGGUGGAAGUUUCGUUUCUUUGGUCGCAAAUUCUGGAAAGGAAGACCAAAUAUUAGCUGAGUGUUGGUCAAGCAAUAUCUACCAAUAAGAUUUGAUUGUCGCUGCGUCUUCUGAUACAGAAACUUGUGGUCAAAAGAAAACAAAAGAAUCAGUAGUUGGGCUCGCAGAAAGCGAAAGUUCUUACACCAGGCUAUAUAAUCAGUAGGUAAAUCAUGGAUUAGAUGCCAAAAACAAAAAAAAGCACCGUCGAAUUCAGUUCUUGCUUGUUAUACUUAAAUCCCUUGUGUUAGAUCCUGGUGGGAAGCAUAAUGGGAGUGAUCCGUCAUGCAUACUCUAAUGGAUCUGUCCAGAAUUGUAAUGGUUUGGAAGAGAAACUCGAUGAUCUUCGAGCGCUUCUUGGGAAAGCUAAUGGCGAUCCUUUGCGAAUUGUGAGCGUUGGUGCCGGUGCUUGGGGAAGUGUUUUCGCUGCUCUGCUUCAGGAUACGUACGGCCAAUUCAGGGAUAAGGUACAAAUCAGGAUAUGGAGAAGAGCGGGAAGAGCAGUGGAUAGAGCCACAGCAGAGCAUCUGUUUGAGGUCAUAAACUCGAGGGAAGAUGUGCUGAGGAGGCUGAUUCGACGAUGUGCUUAUCUGAAAUAUGUUGAGGCAAGACUUGGGGAUAGGACUCUUCUUGCCGAUGAGAUUUUGAAGGAUGGGUUUUGCUUGAACAUGAUCGAUACGCCACUUUGUCCCUUGAAGGUGGUCACCAACUUGCAGGAAGCUGUUUGGGAUGCUGAUAUAGUCGUCAAUGGCUUGCCUUCCACUGAAACCAGGGAGAUUUUUGAAGAGAUUAGUAAGUACUGGAAGGAGAGAAUCACAAUGCCUAUUAUAAUCUCUUUAGCUAAGGGCAUAGAAGCAGCUUUGGAGCCUUUUCCCCAUAUUAUAACUCCUACAAAAAUGAUUAAUCAAGCAACUGGAGUGCCUAUGGAGAACAUACUUUAUCUUGGUGGUCCAAACAUCGCCUCAGAAAUCUAUAACAAAGAGUAUGCCAAUGCUCGAAUAUGCGGAGCUGAGAAGUGGAGGAAACCUCUUGCAAAGUUCCUACGACAACCUCAAUUCAUUGUCUGGGACAACAGUGACCUCGUCACACAUGAGGUCAUGGGUGGCUUGAAAAAUGUCUAUGCAAUCGGAGCUGGUAAAUUAAGCAUCAAACUAGUCUUUCUAGCUUUUCAACUGAUGUCAAGCUUGCAGAUCAGUGCUUACACUACCACCACUCGGUUUCUGAUUGACCCUUUGAUGUUGUCAGGAAUGGUAGCAGCACUUACCAACGAGAGUGCCACCAGCAAAUCUGUGUACUUCGCACAUUGCACGUCAGAGAUGAUAUUCAUCACUCACUUGUUGGCUGAAGAACCGGAGAAACUAGCAGGGCCAUUGUUGGCCGACACAUAUGUAACCUUGUUAAAGGGUCGCAAUGCCUGGUACGGUCAAAUGUUGGCCAAGGGUGAACUCCGACCUGACAUGGGAGACAGCAUUACUGGCAAAGGAAUGAUUCAGGGUGUAUCAGCAGUAGAAGCAUUCUUUCAACUUUUGAGUCAGUCAAGCCUGAACGUGUUGCAUCCUGAAGAAAACAAGCCCGUUGCUCCGGUGGAGCUCUGCCCUAUCUUAAAAACACUGCAUAAAAUACUGAUAUUGAGGGAAGAGUCAUCACAAGCAAUUCUGGAAGCUCUGAGGGAUGAGAAUCUAAAUGAUCCCCGUGAACGGAUUGAGAUUGCACAGAGCCAUGAUUUCUACAGGCCUUCUCUGCUAGGGCAACCUUGACUAUCAUACAGCAACUUCAUGAUGAUUUUGCAUCGCAAUAUUGUUAUUGCCCUACAUGUUGUCAGAGUAUAUUCCACUCGGAAAUUGUACUGAUCAUAGCUUCAAAAAACGCUGCUUGUUUGGCAUGAUAUAUUAGGCAGGAUAUGAUCUCGUCAAAACUUACCUCCAGGCUCUAGGACGGUGUAUCGUUACGCCGAAACGGAUUUUUUUAACAUUGUUAAAAAUGAAUAAUAACGUUGUUAAAAAUAAGAGCAGUGGUGGAGACUCUGUCAGAAGAUGAAUUGGUGUUCAAUAUCUUUUCUCAACGCGAUUAAGAUGAAUUGGUUUGGAUUCAUUUGUACUUUUUAGUUAUCCUACUGGACCACCCAAAUUUAUCAAUUAUGAUAUAUAAUUCAAUCAAA